AUGGUAUCCCUUUUGGACUCAAAUUCAAAGGGGGCAAGAAAAAGGCUAUUCAGGCCUGGAACGGGCAUGUCGAUGCGAUCAGCAGUCGGCAUGGUACGGCCGCCUUUCUAUGCCCUGGACGGGACAACGAGACUCGGCUACAUCGAAAGCCCCCUCCGGGGUCACUCGCCGCUCGGAAGAUCAACCACCUUGGAACCGCAGGCCAACUCAGAGACCGUACAGGCCGUGGAAAGGAGCCCACCCAAGUCUAACUCGCCCCUUCACAAGAAAAAGGCAUCCUCCACCUCCUUGGGUGACCCUCGAAGGGGCCUCCCGUCUCCUCCCCAUUCUCUCGUUGAUGGUGUUAAGCCGAGCCGUGAAGAGGUCAACCUGUCGAACAUGAAGCGCAACACUAGCGCCCUCAGGCAAGUUAGCCACGCUUCCGAGGGUGGCGAUGACGCGGAUCACCUCGGUCGCUCCGGGGCCUCAUCGCCCAUCUUUCCCCAAGGGUCCAUGGCGACCGGACAACAACGGCCUGCACCGCUUCCUUCCCCAGCAUCCUCGGAUGCCACCAUGCGUGACAACGAAGCCGAGGCUCCUCAGUGGGCCAUGCCCGUAAUCAAGACCGUCCAGUCCCGUCGAGAUACGAUAAGGCUCAAUAGGCCAAUGGGGAAGCCGGAGCUCACGAUUGUCCCAGCCUCAGCCGGACUCGGCAUCAGCGCACAGGAGCGGCCACUGCUGGUUUCGGAAACCGUCGCACGCACCCCCACGCAAGCCACGCUCGAGGCCUUUGACAUGGACACGCCCCAACCUCUGGAAACGUACCAGGACGCAAUCUUAGGCUCGACGCCGCCCCGAAGCCCAGCCCUUCCCGACUUACGUGGCCGGCAGAUGCAUCGCGAAGCAGUCCGUUCGAGUCCCCAGGCUGCCAACCGGCCCCCUCAUAGUGGGCUAAGGGAGUCGCCGGCGCAGGACGCGCAACGAGCACCCGCGCCUGGGUUCCGGCCAUCCCCUUUAAACGAGAGGGAACCCCGCCGGAACAACGAGCCCCAGCGUCCCGUCCGGGCGGUAUACGACCCCACGGAUCGCCCGCAGCCGUCACCGGGCCUCGCCCGGCCACAAUACGGCAACGACUUGGACUAUGGCUUUACAUUCCCCAGUCCCAAGCGUCUCGAUUUUGAUUUUGCCCCCGCGCCAAACUCGGCGCCGAAACGAGGAGGCAAGACCCCUUCGCAGCCGAAAAUGGGCAAGGCACCGCCCAAGCAACCCAAUGAUUUGCUCAUCGGAUCGCGGAUGAUGGUGCGGCCAACAGGAAUGCCCGACAGGUACGGCACGGCGUUUAUCUAA